AUGCGCAAUUGGUCUUCGCCCGUUGCGGAACAAGCUAUAUUACAGCGAAGUCUCCUGGAGCUGCCAUCGAUCUCAUCGGUCCACGCCCGCGGCCCCGUUGACACUUGGUACAACUCGCACUACACGCUCAAGACUGCUGCACCCACCGAGCGUCUGCCAGCACUUCCACAGAUCCAACCCUACGCGUCCUUCCCUAGUGGCUCAUCUACAAACUCGUCGCCUCGAGGUGAUUCCACACGUGGUGGUUCGAUUGCGAGUUCGAACACUUCAUACGCCGCUUCGUUGCACGGCCAGGCCGCUGGGUUUAAGACGCCCUCUCCAGAACAGACGCCACAAGCACUGAACCGCGACGGUCAGCCAUUGCAUGCGCAGUCGCAGCAAGGCUCUCCGUACGGUACCCAGAACAGCCCCGGCUACCCUCAAGCGGGAUACACCAGCAUGAACCAGAUGCAAUCGUACGCCGACGUACAUCCACCCCACAUGUCUGCUGCCACUGCACAUGCGCCUGCCUCGGGCCCUCCCGCAGGACUUUCUCACUACUCUUACCCGCAACAACCGUCGAUGUUGCAACCUGGCCCUCAAUAUGGAUCUGCACCGUCAGGCUACCCCUCGUAUGGUUACGGGAACGGUGUGCCGUCCCAAUUACCAGCGUCAUCAUCGAUGAACAGCUCUAUGGUCCCUUCCGCAAUUCAGCUCCCGGCAAUGUCAUCAGGUGCACCAGCACCAGCGCCGCAAACCUACCAGUCACAUACAUUCGACCACACUGGACAGGUCGCCCCACCAGGAAUGAAACCACGGGUGACCGCCACGCUGUGGGAAGACGAGGGCAGCCUGUGUUUUCAGGUCGAAGCUAAAGGUGUCUGCGUCGCUCGUCGUGAAGACAACCACAUGAUCAACGGGACUAAACUCCUCAACGUUGCUGGCAUGACACGAGGUCGGCGAGACGGCAUUUUGAAGAGCGAGAAGACCAGGCACGUGGUUAAGAUUGGCCCAAUGCACCUCAAGGGUGUCUGGAUUCCUUUCGACCGCGCACUUGAGUUCGCAAACAAGGAGAAGAUCACCGAGCAGCUGUAUCCCCUCUUCGUCCACGACAUCGGAGCCCUCCUCUACCACCCUACAAACCAGAGCAGGCAAAGUGUAGGAAGCGCCGCCAUGGCCACUGUUGGUCGUCCUCGAUCUGACAGUGUGCAGACUGCUCCGCGAUACCUCACAGGCCCUAACACAUCACAACCUCCCUCUCUUCACCACCACCAUUCGAUGAGCAACCCUAUUGGUGCGGCUAUGUCGCAACCUCCGCAUGCCAUCCAGCCUCACCCUUCAGCAGGCCGACCUGGCCUCGAUCGGGCGCACACUUUCCCCACACCGCCCACAAGUGCAUCAAGCAUGAUGGGUAUGGGUAAUCAGGGCAGUUCGUAUGAAUGGAGUGGCGCCAAUGUUCAGAACGCGCCCGGCAAUCAACCGUUGUCAAUUGACACGGGGUUGAGCAACGCUCGCUCCGUACCGACGACCCCAGCUAGCACGCCUCCAGGUGCUGUGCAGCAGGGCAUCUCGUACCCGUCUGCGCAGAGCUAUGACGGUUCCAGGCCAAUGUAUUCUGCCCCUCCUUCGCAGCCUGGUCAAUACCCCACUCAAGGUCAACCCAUGAUGGGAUACCGCCAUGACGGCCCGUACACCAAGACAGAGAUGGCACCUCCAUCCAGGAUCACUGAAGUCCCCGAUGAGGGCGAGGUCAAGCCUGCCGACAACUCGUUGUCACAAAACAACGAUCAAGUCAAUGCACCUAAUGGAGGUGAAGGUGAUCAUGAGCAGAACAACCAAUACACUCACUCCAACGCGCCCUACAACGGCAACAGAAGCGCAUAUGGCUACAACCCCAGCGGAGCGCAGGGACCAAUGCAUCCCGAUCACCCGCAACUGUCCCCAGAGAUGACCGGAUCCCCGCACCAGAACGGAUCAGGACGCGCAACUCCACGCACAACAACUACAGGACAGGCAUGGAGCUCAGGGUACCCUACACCUCAGCGCCAGGGCCUGCCAUCGAGCAACCUUUACAGCGUCAUGAGCAACGAUCCUCGUGCGGCUUCCAACGGCAACGCAUCUCACGAUGGGUACCCAGGGCCCACUCAGUAUGCCAACCAAGGUUACCCUGCGACAAACGGGCUGGGAUCUGCCAAGCGCGGCCGUGACGACGAGGAGCAAGAUGCGUACCGCCCUGACAGCGUUCAAGGCGACGACAUGGGUGGCCUCAAGAGGCGGAAAACGAUGGAAGGAGGCGCCGUUGGCCCCUACGCCCAAGACCCCAACCCAGCUCUGCAACGUGCUCACACCAUGCAAGUCCAAGCGCAGCAUGUCCGAAGGUAG